AUGGUUUGCGUGGCGUCUCCUCGCGGUGUCGCCAUUCGGCGCGCCCACAGCGAAAACGUUCGCGACAGGAUUGAACGUAUCACAGCAGACUUGAAAGAAAUCAAACAAUUCUAUCCGGUCUUGAUAUCUCAAAGGCGACGACAAAGGAUUCAUCAGUUUCUUGUCUCCGAGCUCAAAUCAUUGCAUGACAUACAGUUUGACGUUCUUGACCAGCAAGGUAAAGUCGAUUACCUUUUGAUCAAAAACUAUCUGGAACGGCAACUGCACGGACUCGAUUUAGAUUCGCAGCAGGAUAAAAAAAUUGAGCCACUUCUCGCAUUCGCACAAAACUUGGUGAAUCUUUGUGAGGCUCGCGCCAUCGUCAUACCAAUUGAGCCACGCGAUGCGGCACAGAAGCUAUUUGAAUCACAGGGAAAAAUCGCAGCUAUGAUCAAAGCGAUCAAAACAGAAUCCUAUGGUAAAUCGAUUGUCAAAACCAGUGCAUUUCGUGCAGCCAGCCAUAUUACCGCAUUACGAGUCCAUUUGAAGGAAUGGUUUGGCUUUUACAAGGGAUAUGAUCCUUCAUUUGACUGGUGGGUUUCGCAGCCCUAUGAAGUCAUGGAUGAGAGCCUCCAUGAUGCUGCUGCAGUAAUCAGAGAAGUAUUGGUCGGUAUAAAACCAGGAAAUGACGAUGCCAUAGUUGGCCAACCGAUCGGGCGUGACGGCUUACUUGCUGAGCUUCACGCGGAAAUGAUCCCUUAUUCCCCCGAAGAAAUAAUAAGAAUUGGAGAAAAGGAAUUCGAAUGGUGCAUGACAGAGAUGAAACGGGCAUCACAAAGCUUGGGCCUUGGUGUUAACUGGCAAGCGGCCCUGGAACAAGUGAAGAAUGACUUUGUUGAGCCUGGGAAACAAACCCAGCUGGUUCGGGAUCUUGUGCAGGAAGCUAUCUCGUUCGUCGAGGGCCAUGACCUCGUUACAGUGCCUGUGAUUGCGAAGGAGACCUGGCAGAUGUUUAUGAUGUCUCCAGAAAGGCAAAAAGUGAAUCCUUUCUUCCUUGGUGGCGAAUGCAUUAUUGUAUCGUAUCCAACCGACACUAUGGAUCACGAAGCGAAAUUGAUGAGUAUGCGAGGGAACAAUAUUCACUUCUCCCGUGCUACCGUCUUUCAUGAGAUGAUCCCCGGUCAUCACUUACAGAUGUACAUGAAUGCAAGACAUCGUCCAUAUCGCCGGCUGUUUGAUACACCCUUUUGGAUCGAAGGAUGGUCGCUAUAUUGGGAGUUUCUUCUGUGGAAUGAUGAGCGAUGGAUCAAGACACCUCAGAAUCGCAUCGGCAUGCUAUUUUGGCGACUGCAUCGAUGCGCCCGGAUCAUUUUCUCUGUCAAAUUUCAUCUUGGCCAAAUGAGCGCUCAGGAUUGCAUUGAUCUUCUUGUCAAUGAUGUUGGACACGAACGCGCGACCGCGGAGGGGGAAGUGAGACGAUCACUGAACGGCGAGUAUUCGCCUCUCUAUCAGGCUGGUUAUAUGCUCGGGGCAUUGCAAAUAUAUGCAUUACGGAAAGAAAUGGUCGAGUCCAAACACUACAGGGAAAAAGACUUUCACGAUCAAUUCUUGAAGGGAAACCGCAUGCCAAUUGAGAUGGUGCGGGCGCUGAUGCAAAACCAGCCUCUCUCCAGAGAUUUCGAAUCUUCGUGGAGAUUUUAUCGUCUUUGA